AUGCUACCCAUGAUAGGAAUAAAGCUAUGUGGACUGAAUAUCGAGGCAUUAGUCGAUACAGGAAGUGAAGCAUGUGCAGUAUCCAAGAGGUUAUAUGAACAGGUACUAAAAGCAAACAUUAGCUUGCCUAGUUUCCCGGUGAGUGGAUUGAGGAUUGUGAAUGCGUUGGGUGCAAAGAGUAAACCUAUUAAAGAACAAGUGUUGAUUACCUUCGAGAUAGAGGGAGAAGAACACGAAGCAACAUUCUUGGUGGUGGCCGGAUUGAACACAUCAAUUAUUUUAGGGAUAGAUUGGUUGAACGAAGUUGAUGCAGUAGUGAAUUUUGAUGAAGGUACUAUCAAAGUCAAAGGAAGAAAGGGAGAAGAGAAGAGAUUAAGGUUUGCUGAGGGGAGUGCAAUCGAAGAAGAGGAGGAAUUCAGAAGGAUAAAUUUGUGUCAUGAAGAGGAACCCACCAUGGGAUACGGAGAAGAGGAACUAGAAAAAGAAGUGUUGAUGUACCUUGAGGGAUUAGGACGAGAGGAUAGACAUGAAGAGGAUAAGAUCAAUAAAAAGUUGAAAGAGAUGACACACCUAGAUGAGGGGGCUAAGAGGAAUUAG